UUUUUUUUUUGUAACUUGAAACUUUUCGUCUUGCUUUAUAGGAAUUAAUUAUGUCGCCCAUUCGAGAAAGUUCUAAUUCACCUGAUUCUUAUGUCAACGGAGAUAAUGAAGAAGCAAUUGAAGUACCUUUUGUUGAUGAAACGGAAGAGUGGAGAGAACUGGAGGACAUUGAAGAGUUGGAAGAAGAAGAAUUUGGAGAAGAUUUAGAAGAUACAAUAAUAACAGAUUAUCGUCCUGAUCCUAAUCUUGAUCGCUAUGAAGCUGAUGCCGUUGAUGAUGGAGAAUUUUCAGAACUUGAUAUGGGUGAGAGAAGAGCUCUUGAAGAACAAAUGAAAAGGAGGGACCGCCGAUUAGGACGAAUUCCACGUGCUUUGGACGAUUCUGAAGAAAGUGAUGACGCUAUUGGCGGAUUACGAAGACGUCGUGACCGCCCAUUCGCUGAAGAUCGUCCACAAAUUAUAUAUGAAGAACGAGAGGCCAAUAUAAAUUUAUCGGACACACGCGAUUUGCCAGUUCGUGAGUUUCUCGCUCUCGAUAAUGUUCGGAGGGAAAUCGGGGCUCAGUUCACUUUAUUUUUGACCUCUUUUGUUGACGAAUCAGGAGUAAGUGUUUACGGGGACGCUAUUAUGAAUUUAUGCUCCAAUAAUGAGUCUAGUUUGCGCGUGGAUUACCAACAUCUCUGCCAUUUUGAAGGUUGCGGUAUUUUAGCGAUGUAUUUAGUGGACGCUCCAAUCGAAAUGUUUAGAAUUUUAGACGAAGCAACGACCCAAGUUAUUUUGCGCGACUUUGAAAAGUACCACGAAAUACAUGAGGAUAUACACGUGCGUAUUUACAAUUUACCGCUCGAAGACAAGUUGAGAGACUUGCGCGAAGCUCAUCUCAAUACUCUUGUAAAAGUGACUGGCGUUGUUACUCGCCGUACUAGUGUACUUCCUCAACUUCAGUAUGUUCAAUACGACUGUGGCACAUGCGGCCAUGUUCUUGGCCCUUUUAUGUUUGAAAGCAGCGAUAAAGACAUGAAAAUUGGCACAUGUCCCAAUUGCCAAGCCCGUGGCUCAUUUUCCAUAAACACCAGACACACUGUUUAUAAAAACUAUCAACAAAUAUGGCUUCAGGAAUGUCCCGGCUCUGUUUCUCCUGGCCGUCUGCCUGUCCAAAAGAAGGUCAUUUUACUUCAAGACUUGGUCGACUCCUGUAAACCCGGUGAUGAAGUGGAAGUUAUUGCUGUUUAUCGAAAUAACUUUGAUAUUGCUUUAAACAAGCAACAAGGCUUUCCAGUUUUUACUACAAUUUUGGAAGCCAAUAAUGUUCAGCGUGUUGAUUCGUCGCCUUCUCUGCUUACGUCAAGGGAUAAGCAGCUCAUACUCGAGAUGGGCGAGGACCCCAGGAUUGGCGAAAAAAUUAUUCGAAGUAUCGCGCCCUCUAUUCACGGCCACGAAAAUAUCAAAAUGGCUCUCGCUCUUGCUCUUUUUGGGGGCGAAGCAAAAUAUGGAGACUCCAAUAAGCAUCGCGUUCGCGGGGAUAUCAACGUUUUGAUUUGCGGAGAUCCCGGCACGGGAAAGUCUCAGUUUCUUAAAUACGUUGAGCAAACGGCGCCCAGAUGCAUGUAUACCACCGGACAAGGUGCGUCUGCUGUUGGGCUAACGGCGAGUGUCCACAAAGACCCGGUAACGAGAGAAUGGAUGCUUGAAGGAGGAGCGCUUGUGCUUGCCGAUCGAGGCAUUUGUUUGAUCGAUGAGUUCGAUAAAAUGAGCGAUCAGGACAGGACGAGUAUUCAUGAAGCCAUGGAACAGCAAAGCAUAAGUAUAUCAAAAGCCGGCAUCGUCACUUCCUUGCAAGCGCGUUGUUCAGUUAUAGCAGCAGCUAAUCCGCGUCAUAGCACAUACAAUCCAGCCUACACUUUUUCUCAGAAUGUUGACUUAAGCGAUCCGAUUCUCUCACGUUUUGAUAUUCUUUGCGUUGUGGUGGACAGAAGUGAUCGGGAAAGCGACAGAAAACUUGCUGAGUUUGUAGUGAAUAGUCAUUAUAUAAACCACCCAACCAAAAGAGAAGAACUCGAAGAAAAUGCCGCCAGAGAAAGAGAAGCAAUCAAAAAUAGUUCUGCAAUUCCUCAAGAAAUUUUAAGGAAAUAUAUAAAAUACGCUCGUAAAAAUAUUCACCCGAAACUCACUAAUAUCGAUUCGGACAAACUUACAAAAAUAUAUAGCGUCCUUCGAAGAGAAGCAAUGAUCACGAAUAGCAUUCCUAUUACCGUCCGUCACUUGGAGUCAAUGCUGAGGAUUAGUGAAGCUCACGCAAAAAUGCAUCUGCGUGAGUUUGUAGAAGAUGAAGAUGUGAAUAUUGCCAUUCGAGUGAUGUUAGAAUCUUUCGUUUCUACUCAAAAGUCGAGCGUUAUGAAUAAGUUAAAAAAAUCUCUUUCGAAAUAUUUGACUUACAAAAAACAUUUCAACGAUUUACUUGCUCAUAUGCUGCACGUUGCUUUUCAAGAUCAAAUCAAUUACUUGCAAAUGCGAAGAGGACAUGUGCCCGAAGUGGUGGAAAUUUCUAUUGAGGAUUUCAAAACACAAAUUCGAAGUUUCCAACUCAAAGAUUUGCAUCCAUUUUUCAAUAGCGAACAGUUUCAUUCUUCUGGAUAUUCUAUAGCUGGUGGAAAUAUUAGAAAAAUAAUCGCAUAG